AACCCACAACUCUUUUUUACCCUGACACUUCGCCAGGCACACAGCCUCACAUCCGCCGCCGUUUCUUCACAGCGCCGGCGCUCCAUCUUCUGCUCCCUCCCCUACUCGCGCUCGGCACGCAGGCGACGGAGGCGGUGCUCAGGCUCGGGCUCUCAGCGACGGUGGGGCAGUCCCAGACUCCCAGGCUCGGCGGCGGCGUCAGCGGCUCCCCCUCCCGCCUCUCGUCCUCGCCUCCGUCCUCCGCACACCGACCGGCGACCCUGCUAGAAAUGGUGGCCGUUGCAAAUGAAGAGGCCUUGGCUUAUGAUGAAGACAUCAUGGAUGAUGUUGAAGAAUCAGACUCAGAAGAUGAUUCAGGUGAAGAAGCUCAGGCUAAGCCUUCAGACAAAGCUAUAUACAACAAGGAGGCUAUUCUUGAAAAACUUGAAGACAUAGCCUGGCCCAAGAAUGUGGACUGGAUGCACAAGCUCACUAUUGAGCAUGAUCAGGGGGAGAAAAUUGAUGUGAAUGAUGAUCUUGCUCGCGAACUUGCGUUUUACACCCAAGCUUUGGAUGGCACAAGGCAGGCCUUUGAGAAGCUGCAGUCGAUGAAGGUCCGGUUCCUCAGACCAACAGAUUACUAUGCUGAGAUGGUGAAGACUGAUGCACACAUGCACAAGAUCAAGGGGAGGUUGUUAUCAGAGAAGAAGAGGAUCGAGGAGGCUGAGGAACGGAGGAAGGCUAGAGAGUCCAGGAAGAAAGCAAAGGAGGUUCAGGCUGAGAAGAAGAAGGAGAGGGCUAAGCAGAAGAAGGAGCAGAUUGAGUCAGUCAAGAAGUGGAGGAAGCAGAGGCAACAAGGGGGAUUCACCAAGGGAAAUGAUGAUGUGCCGGACCUUAAUUUUGAAGGAGAAGAAGGAUUUAAACAAUCAAAGAAAAAGAGGCCUGGUGUUUCUCCUGGUGACAGGUCUGGUGGUCUUGCCAAGCGAGGUAAAGAAGGAAAGAACAGGAGGGCAAGGGAUUCCAAGUUUGGGCAUGGUGGUCGUAAAGGGCUGAAGAAGCAAAACACUGCUGAGACCACUAAUGAUUUCAGAAGCUUUAACCAGGGGGGGUGAGUCUCAAAACAAGAAGAGAAAGAGGUUUUGAACUUUUGAUGGAUAUUUUAAGAAUCUGGGUGAGUUUCAAAACGAGAAGAGAAAGAAGUUUGGAACUUUUAUCGUUAUUGCUAUUCUCGUUGCGGCAUUAUUUUGUUAUGGUGUGUGCCAAAAGCAAAAAUUAGCUAAUAUUAGUCUAGGGAAGCAGUCCAAACUCCAAACACAAGACUUAAUAUUUUGCGUUUAUCUGGUGAUGGUCUUCUUUUAUCGUGGAAUGCAGAUAAAUUUUACCCCCACUGAAUGUAUACUCAAAGUUGCUGCUGUUCU